AUGCCGCCCCGCAAGACCCCGUCGAAGAAGAAGGCCACCGGCGAUGGCGGGUACACGCCGUGGACCGCGACCGCCGCUGAAGUCUGCGCCGAGCUCGGCGUCGACCCGGAAACGGGCCUCGACGAAACAAAGAUCGCCAAGCUUCGAUCCGAGUACGGGUUCAACGAGCUGGACAAGGAGGAGGGUAAGCCCCUGUGGAAGCUCGUGCUCGAGCAGUUCGACGACGCCCUCGUGAAGAUCCUCCUCGUCGCGGCGCUCGUGUCGUUCGUGCUCGCGUUCACCGAGGAGCGCGCGCCGGGCGUCGAGCUGUCCUUGGUGGACUUCGUCGAACCCGGCGUCAUCCUGCUCAUCCUCGUGCUCAACGCCAUCGUCGGCGUGUGGCAAGAGAGCAACGCGGAGAGCGCGCUAGAGGCGCUCAAGGAGAUGCAGAGCGAGACCGCGCGAUGCCUCCGCGCCGGCGAGUGGAUCAGCGACCUCCCCGCGCGCGAGCUCGUCCCCGGGGACGUCGUCGAGGUCCGAACCGGCGAUCGAGUCCCGGCGGAUUGCCGAGUGAUUCGACUGAAAACCGCGACGAUCCGUCUGGAACAGGCGUCGCUCACCGGAGAGUCCGUCGCGGUGAACAAGACGACCGAACCGGUCGCCGACGCCGGAUGCGAGCUCCAGGGCAAGGAGUGCGUGCUCUUCGGCGGAACCUCCGUGUCGCAGGGCGCGUGCGUCGCCGCGGUGAUCGACACCGGGAUGCGCACCGAGAUCGGCAAGAUCCAGGCGCAGAUUCAAGCCGCCGCCGAGGAGGAGGACGACACGCCGCUCAAGCAGAAGCUGGACACCUUCGGCGACCAGCUCACGCUCAUGAUCGGUGUCAUCUGCCUGCUCGUGUGGCUGAUGAACUACCACUUCUUCAUCAGCUGGAAGUGGGGCGGACUCUCGGACCCGUUCUCCAUCACCGAGGUGGAUUUCAACUUCGCCAAGUGCACCUUCUACUUCAAGAUCGCGGUGGCGCUCGCGGUCGCCGCGAUUCCGGAGGGACUGCCCGCCGUGAUCACCACCUGCCUCGCGCUCGGUACGCGCAAGAUGGCCAAGAAGAACGCCAUCGUUCGCAAACUGCAGAGCGUCGAGACGCUCGGUUGCACCUCGGUCAUCUGCAGCGACAAGACGGGCACCCUCACCACUAACAACAUGUCUGCCGUGCGACUCGUCGUCCAGGGCACCAGCUACGACCCGAGCGACGGCGGCGUAGUCGGUCUCGUCGGCGGUUCGCUCGACGCGUGCGUCACAGCUGUGUCGCGCGUCUGCGUCAUGUGCAACGAGAGCACCGUCGAGCUCAAGGACGGUGCGUUCAGGUGCGCGGGGGAGCCCACCGAGGGCGCGCUCAAGGUUCUCGCCGAGAAGAUUGGCGUCGCCGACGCCGCGGCGAAUGCCAAAAUCGUGAAACUUCGCGCCGCGGACCCCGCCAAGGGAUGCCAGGGCGUCGCCGACCACCACGCCGCACAGGGCGCCAAGCUCGCGACGCUCGAGUUCGACCGCGGGCGCAAGUCCAUGUCCGUCAUCGUCGCGGACGGCGGCAAGGGCUCGAAUAAGAACUCGCUGCUGGUGAAGGGCGCGCCCGAGUGCGUCCUGGAUCGAUGCUCCAAGGUUUUGCUCCCGGACGGCUCGGUGACGACGUUGUCCCCGGCGCUUCGCGAGGAGAUCGUCGCGACCGUCGCGGAGAUGUCCUCCUCCGCGCUACGAUGCCUCGGCUUCGCGCUCAAGACUGGCGCGGAGCUCGGUAAGCUCGGCGGCUACGACGGCGGCGAACAACACCCGGCGCACAAGGACCUGAUGGACCCGGGCAAGUACGAGUCCAUAGAGAGCGACCUCACGUUCUGCGGCCUCGCGGGACUGAGGGACCCGCCGAGGCCCGAGGUUCGUGGCGCGAUCGACGCGUGCAAGACGGCGGGCAUCCGCGUCGUGGUCAUCACGGGUGACAACAAGCUCACCGCCGAGGCCAUCUGCGCGGAUAUCGGCAUCUUCGACUCUCCCAGCGACGCCGUCGGCAGGUCGUUCACCGGCAGGGAGUUCUCCGACAUGCCCCUCGCGAAGAAGAAGAAGCUCCUGGCGACACCCGGCGGGUGCGUCUUCUCCCGCGCGGAGCCCAAGCACAAGCAAGACAUCGUCCGGCUCCUCAAGGAGGCGGAUGAGAUUGUGGCGAUGACCGGGGACGGCGUCAACGACGCGCCCGCGCUGAAACUCGCGGAUAUCGGCAUCGCGAUGGGCAUCACGGGCACCGCCGUCGCCAAGGAGGCUUCCGACAUGGUCCUCGCCGACGACAACUUCUCGUCCAUCGUCGACGCCAUCUCCGAGGGGCGCAGCAUCUACAAUAACAUGAAGGCGUUUAUCCGCUACAUGAUUUCGUCAAACGUCGGCGAGGUGGUGUCCAUCUUCCUCACCGCGGCGCUGGGCAUGCCGGAGGGUCUGAUCCCGGUGCAGCUCCUGUGGGUGAACCUCGUGACGGAUGGUCCGCCCGCGACGGCGCUCGGGUUCAACCCCCCCGACGUCGACAUCAUGACGAAGAAGCCCAGGCGAAAGGAUGAGGAUCUCAUAUCCACCUGGGCCAUGGUCAGGUACCUCGUCGUCGGCCUCUACGUCGGCGCGGCGACGGUCGGGAUCUUCGCCGUCUGGUACACCAAGACGGAGUUUCUCGGCAUCGACCUCGCCAAAGACGGUCACACCCCGGUGACGUGGCACCAGCUCACCCACUGGGGCGAGUGCGAGACAUGGAAGGGCUUCGCCGGGGGCAAGUUCACCGCGGGCGGCGUGACCUACUCGUACACCGGAUCGGACGCGUGCGACUACUUCCACGCGGGUAAGAUCAAGGCUUCGACCCUGUCUCUGACGACGUUGGUGGUGAUCGAGAUGUUCAACGCGUGCAACGCGCUGUCCGAGGACAUCUCCCUCGUGAUCAUGCCCCCGUGGAUCAACCCGUGGCUGAUCCUCGCCAUGUUUUCGUCAUUCGCGCUGCACUUUCUGAUCCUGUACGUACCCGCGCUGGCGACAAUCUUCAGCAUCGUGCCGCUGGAUCUGAACGAGUGGCUCCUGGUGUGCGCGGCCGCCUCGCCCGUCUGGAUCAUCGACGAAAUUCUCAAGUUUAUCGGCAGGAACUUCGUCUCGGCCGGGAGGUGA